GUUUUCUUGGUUACAGAAAAGCUGUGCUCGCUCGGACUGUUGAUAGUGUUACACAUGACUUAAUUUCCAUGCCAAUUUUUGCGGCUGUUUAGAAUGGGGUUAUUUUGAAAACCCUUGUAAUUAAAGUUGGUGUGCUGUAGAGGAGCAGUGGUACAGUUCUACGUAUGUGGUUUAUUUAUGCUAGUGGUUGAACAGCUGUGAAGUGAUGGAGAGUAGCGAGCUUGGAGAGAAAUAUUUGAAACAGUCGCCGGAGCAGUUAAUAGUUUAUAUAUACAGCCCUGAGUAUAUUAGUGCUUGUGACUCUCUUUGCAAGAUUCCCAGUCGGGCUAGUAUGGUACAUUCUCUGAUAGAAGCAUAUGGACUACUGCCAUACAUGAGGUUAUGACUGUCCUACAUCUAAAGGAAUUUAUGACUAUGCUGCAGCAGUAGGAGGGGCCACACUAACUGCAGCCCAGUGCCUUAUUGACCAGAAGUGCAAGAUUGCCAUCAACUGGCCUGGAGGCUGGCACCAUGCAAAAAAAGAUGAAGCUUCUGGCUUUUGUUAUGUAAAUGAUGCAGUUUUGGGCAUAUUGCGACUGAGGCAGAAAUAUGAGCGAGUGUUGUACAUAGAUUUGGAUCUUCACCACAGUGAUGGUGUUGAUGAUGCCUUCUGCUUUACUUCAAAAGUCAUGACUGUUUCUUUGCAUAAAUUUUCUCCUGGCUUUUUCCCUGGUACUGGAGAUGUAACUGAUAUUGGCCUUGGAAAAGGAAGGUGGUAUUCUGUAAAUGUACCCCUUCAAGAUGGUAUUCAGGAUGACAGAUACUUCCAUGUUUGUGAGAGUAUAUUGAAGGAGGUGUGCACAGCAUUUAACCCAGAGGCUGUUGUGUUACAACUGGGUGCUGACACCUUGGCAGGAGAUCCAAUGUGUUGUUUCAAUAUGACACCUGUAGGCAUAGCCAAAUGCCUGAAGUACGUUCUACACUGGGAACUCCCCACACUUAUACUGGGAGGAGGAGGCUAUAACCUUGCCAACACAGCUCGCUGCUGGACAUACUUGACUGGUGUCAUCCUUGGAAAAACUCUCGCCUCUGAGAUUCCAGAUCACGAGUAUUUUACAGAUUAUGGACCUGAUUAUGUGCUAGAAAUAACACCAAGCUGUAGGCCAGAUCGCAAUGAUCAGCAGCAGACUGAACGAAUACUGAGUUCUGUUAAAGGGAAUUUAAAGAAUGUGGUUUAAUAGCUGAGUGAAGAUUAGAUUUCCACAACAAAGACACUUUUCUUAUUCUAAUGAAGACAGCGUGUGUUUGUGGAAAUUAUGGCUUCAGGGGAGAAACCUGGGAAGAAUUACUAUGGGAAUUUCAAAACAGCACAAGUUCAACUAGACGUGUGUGGUGAAACCAUGCCACUAACCGAUUAAAUUACCAUAUCCAGCUGUUGCGUAUACUCCACUUGUGUUUUAAAAUGCCUUUAUUCUAAGAAUUAUAAAAGAGAAAAACAACUUGUCAAGACCUGCCUGCAAACUGAAGAAACACUGCAUACUCCUGAACAAAGAUUUGUAUAAACAUUAAUGUGCAGUUUUAAUUAUAAGUUUAUAUCCCAUGUACUUUUUUCUGAUUUUCUAUGAAAGCAUGUAUGUUUGUAUCAGUGUUAUUUAAAAAUAGCCUAAAUGUUUUGAUAGACAUGAUACCUUGCCUUUAUCUUUGUGUAUGUACUCUGCUGGUUUCACGCUGUUGGUUAUUUAGUUAGGGUCAUCAUUCUCUUAAGUUUUCCAUAGGGCACAUGUCUCUACAUGCUACUUCAGGCUAAGGCUGGAAGGUCUUCAUAGCACAGAACUGUGGAUACAGUGAUAUGACAGUAACUCAUUUGAUUUUUUUGUAUAGUGUUGUUACAACGAAAUGUGAGUAGGACUCUGUAAAUAAGCUAGGUUGAGUGUAGUGUCCAAUCCUAGCAGAGGUUUCAUGUUUUUGCACAUCUUUGUAAUGCAUUUUUACAGUGUGAGAUUCAGUUUCAUUUAACAGGAGCAACUAUUCAUUGCCAGGUUUCUUAGGCAAGAAUCUUCAUCAGCAUUUAUUCCCCUGCAACCUGUCCAUCAGCUAGCAAAGGGGAGAAAUGGGUUCUUGCUAGUGUCUUGCUAUGUUUGUAGUAGCUGUAGUAUUUUUUUAAUCUACCUUUCUGAAUGUUUUCCAGCCAGUAAUAACUUGGCAAGUCACAGAUGUUAUUAGUUGAGAUUGUCAUCUGUCCUACACACAUGCCUUAACCUCAUUAAAUUGGAUAGACCAUUACCUAUA